UGUCCGGCGGAAGUUGCUUGUUCAUCGGACUAUUUUUCAAAGAUGGCACUUGCUAGUGUGUUGAACCGUGAUUGUGCGAAUUUUUCUUUUGAUAAUUGUCAAACUUCUGGCUUUGGUUGCGGACCCGAACAGAGUGGCCUGGGAUUAGACGCCACGCCGGGAAACGGCCUCAGUUUCUCGGUUAGAAACCCUCUGUGUGGUGGAGACGAGGACGGAGUCGAGAGGAAAAUAGAGUUCCUGCAUGGGACCACCACUUUGGCUUUUAAAUUCCAGCAUGGCGUCAUUGUUGCGGUGGACUCUCGGGCCACAGCGGGCGCCUACAUCGCCUCGCAGACGGUUAAGAAGGUGAUUGAGAUCAACCCCUACCUUCUGGGCACCAUGGCCGGUGGAGCUGCCGACUGCAGCUUCUGGGAGCGCCUGCUGGCCCGCCAGUGCCGCAUCUACGAGCUUCGCAACAAGGAGCGCAUCUCGGUGGCGGCGGCCUCCAAGCUGCUCGCCAACAUGGUGUACCAGUACAAGGGCAUGGGACUCAGCAUGGGAACCAUGGUGUGCGGCUGGGACAAGAGAGGCCCAGGGCUCUACUACGUCGACUCCGAGGGCAACCGCGUGUGCGGCGACCUGUUCGCCGUGGGCUCGGGCUCCAUGUACGCCUACGGCGUGAUCGACAGCGGCCUGCGGCAGGACCUGACGGUGGAGGAGGCUUGCGAGCUGGGCCGCCGCGCCAUCUACCAGGCCACGUUCCGCGACGCCUACAGCGGGGGGCAGGUCAACCUGUACCACGUCCACAGCGACGGGUGGACCAGGGUGUCCCAGGAUGACGUGCUCAUGCUGCACCAGCAGUACAAGGGGCAGGCUUAGUCGUGUCGUAUCGUGGGGGUGGAGGGGCGACUGGGGAGAGUUGGGAGUUUCUACUAGUGUUUAGGAUGUUCUAAAAUGUCAGUAUGGUUUGACACAUGAAUAAAAAUAAAAACUUGAUUUCCACUUGUA